CUUUGAUUGGUCCGUUAGAAAUCCAGUAAUCUUUUGUUAGAAUAAUUUAGCGGAUAAAAUUGUUCAAGUAUUAAAAAUAUAAUGGAUAAUUCUAUUGUACCAGAUAUAUUAAAUUUGGAUACGGAAGAAUUGUCCGAUAAAGUUACUUGUAAACGAAGAUCCUUGGUUUUUCAAUCACGAACUUCAAAAUUAUUUACUGACGAAGAAACAGAUCAAGCGAAAAAUCUUGAAAAUGAGGAUUUUUUAGAGAUCAAUAAAUGUAAACGACAAUGUGUAGAGGAUGUAACGAGGAAAGAAAAUUUUGAUUUGCAAAAAUAUAUAAAUGAUCUUAGACAAGAAAGAAAAUUAUGGCAAUCAACGUUAAAAGAACGUAAAUCAAAAAGACGUAUUCUUUCAAAACAAAAAUCUGUUCUAGAAGAGCAAGGACAGAAUUUAGAUACUAAAGCAUUAUCUGAUUCCGAAAGAUCUUUUCUUUCAUCUUCCCCUAAUUACGAAUAUAUUUGUGAAAACAAUCAAAAAUUAUCAGAUAUGGCUCUUAAAAUAACCUUAUUAAAUGAAUUAGUAUAUAAGUUAAAUGAAAGGUUUAUGUUAAGAAUGAAAGAGAAGUUGAAUAAGACUACGAAGAAAAUUAUUGAAAUGUCAGGAUAACAAAUGUUUUAAUCUAAACAUUAUUAGAGAGUUUUACUUAUGUAAAUAGUAAUAUUUGUAUAUAAAUAAGAUAAAACAUUAUGUAUAUAAUCAUAUUUUACAUUGAUUUAUAAUAGUUAAGAUAGGUAGAGUAUAUUGUUUCAAGUUUUUUACCGAUGUACUUUUUUUUUGUCAUACCUUAAUACUGUUAAAAGUACAAUUUUGCAUAUGUAUUAUGAUUUAUAGUGUUUUACACAAUAUAUCAAUAUACAUAUGAAAUAUAAAAUGUUUGAGGGAAAACAAUUUCUACUAAUGAAUAAUUAAUUUCGAAUAUUUAAAAUAGUAUGAACAAUGUCUUUGGUAGAAAGCUUUUCUAAAUGUCAUCACUAUGAUGACAGAAUUGUAACUUAUUUUUACAUUAUCCGAAUUUUUUACAUUUUGUAUAAUAUAGCGUGCAUUUUAAUAUUUUAGAUAAUGUAAAAUUGAACAUAGUAACCAAUAGAGCUGUCAUCUAUGCAAAUGAAAACUUUUCCUUCUUGCUGCCUUUCUUUCCUUCUGGGCCAGGUAUUCUUUUCUUGAUGUACUACUAUGUAAUUCUAAAAUGUGAUUUAUUUUUCUUACAAUUUCUUCUGCUGUCAUUGAAUCUGCUUCAAAAUCAUGAUUUUUAAAUGAUGCUGACUGAUGAAGAGAAUGCGUUUGACUGGAUGAUGCUGUAAAAAAUUAAUAAUUAAUAAUUAAACUAAUAUAACAAAAUACAUAUAUAGAUAUAUAUUUUUUUGUUAUAUUAGUGAUAUCGAGCUAAAAAAUAUAUACCACUUAAACUGUCUAGAGUAGAAGAAUGUGGAGUAUAAACCAAUGUAAAUAUUGUUUUUGAUCCUUUGUUUUCAGUUAUUUCACACCACGCAAUGUUAUCUAUAUGAUAACUAACUGCCCGUUGUCUAUUCCAGAAUCGACUGGCACCUUUUCCCGUUAUCACUGGAUCAAUCUCAAUCUUCUCACCCGAUAUUCCAAGGUGAAUUUCAGUCUUUGCUCUCACUUUAUUUAUUAUGUAUACUCUGUUCAUAAAUAUAAAUAUGUAAUAUAUUUAUCAUUUAGAUAUUCUUCAAAUUCCAUAUGAUAAUAGAAAUGCACCUAUAUGAUUGAUACAAUGGAGCUUCCAUUGCUGUUGUAUGACCUUCCAUCUUGGCUAAAUCUUUUGCUACUUCUUCUUGUUCUUUGUUAUUGCCUUCCAAUUCUUCAUUGACUUCUGUUUCAAUAUGUUUUAUCGUAUUAUGUCGUGCUCUAUCACUUGGUUUCAUUUCAACAAGACCUAAUGUUGUGAAUUCAAAUUUGGAUAUUAUUUCUCUUGGAUCUAAACAAGGAAAGUCCCAAUCUACCUCUCCAUCAUCUUCAGUAAUAUAUAAACCAUAUUUUGUAAUAUCUUCCCUGUUAAAAAAAAAAAAAAAAAAAAAAAAAAGACAAAAAGAAAAAAAAAAGAAAAAAUACAAGUUAAAAUGCUUGUAAAUAUAUAUAAAGCUUAUAAUACAUUAUAUAAUUUCCAUACUUUAAACUAUGGUUAGGAUGUUCACUUGCAUAUUUAUAACAUAUGAGCCCAAUAAAUUCCAAUACUUUUGCUGCGGCAAUAACUACAAUUUGCAAAGGAUAAGUUCUUUCUUCCUUAGGUAACAUACACAUAAAGAUUCUAUAUUUUCUAAUAGGAAUACCAACUUGUGACUGAAACAAUUUCAAAUAUAUAAAUCCAUAUUACACAAUUAAUAAAAUAAUAAUAACUAAUAUUUCAUACAUUGCCAUCAAAUUUUGCAUAUUCUGUAAAAGGAUUUUGAGGUAAAUUGGGACAUUUUUCUAUUUGUUCGGAUAAAAGGGAAAGCCUUUUGCUUGUAGUCGUAUUUUUUUUACGGAAGUCCUUUCUUUGAAAUAAUUUUGAUUGUUCGGCAAGUGAAAGAAGAUUCGGUUUGUGCUCCCAUUUUACGUGCUUUAUUUUAGCUGCUUUCUUUCUCUCUAAGUCCAUUUUUUCUAAUCUUUGAGCUGUAUUAGAACGUUGUCUAUGACUAAAUUCCAUAUCUGUCACAAUAAUUCAAUAUAUAAUUUAAUAAUCGUAUUUUUGUAUAUACAAGAUUAUCUAUCAGUUAAGAAACAAAUAUUAUACCCAUUUGUAUGUCAUAUGAUUCAGCUAAUGCAUCCAGAUCUUCAUCGUCGCUUUCUUCCAUUCCAGGAUAACAUUGUAAUGUUCCAUUCGACCUAAGUUCUUUCGGUAUAUCUUCACCUAACAUAACCAUCUCACACAUACCUUUAGAACGAAAAAUAAUAUAUGAUUUUAAGAUGUACACAAAGUAUUAGUCAAUAUAAAGCUAUUUAUAUUUAGAAAAAAUAUACAUAUAUAUUUAAUAUAUAUUUAAUAUUUAUAUUAUGAUAUAAACGCAUAAUAUUAGGUUAUAACACGAUUAUAAAGUAUCGGAGCGUAUAAAAUAGCGGAGCGUAUAUUUGCAGAAAAUGAUAUUAAGAUAUAUUCAAUAUAACGAUAUAAAAAAUAUUUACCUGUGUCAUCUGUGGACAAAAAACUAUCUCUUAUAUGAGAUAAUAGCCAA